CAUGAUUUUUGAAAGAGUUUUUGUGAUGUUGAAAUGUGAAAUUGAAUCGGUGACCUUUCUCUUUGUCCGAUCUGUUAUAAUAUUUUUGUUUGUGUGAUUUCUGUGAGAUCUUUUGGGUAGAAAAGCCAUUUUUAACCUAUUCUCUAGAAAGCAAUCACCAAUCGACCCGUCCGAUUCAACUCGGCCUUUUCAGGAACCGACUUCACAAGGAAACUCGUUUGCUAUGAGGAGUUGUUCUGGAUAUGAAUCUGUAUCAGGGAUCCGCAAUCCAGGUUAUGCACUGAGGAGUUCUAGUUCUACUGGAUUAGUGAUUCGUAACCCAGGAUUAUCAGGUUUUUAUGGCCAUGGAUUGUCAUUCGGAUUUGUUAGAUUCCCUUCUCUUUCUAGAGCUCCUCGAAAGCUUGUGAUCACAAACUCUGGUGUGGAAGAUGCUAUUCUACGAGCUACUGAAUCAAUGGUCGACAAUCUAAUGGAUAGGAGUUCGGAACUCAUCCCAAAACCAGUCAAAAGAAUUGCUCGUAUCAUCUCAUCCAAGAAGACUAAUGUGUUGGAAAUAUUGCUUUUCUUUCUAAUAUUCUAUCCAAGGUCUGCAUUCUACUUGGUGAAGAAACUUCUUCCUUCAUCUACACUCAUGAAACAGUUUGCUCUAGAGGUCGGAAAAGAGAUUGGUAAGCAGGUCAUAGAGCAGUCUGUGGGUGUUCUGUUUGGAGCUGCAGCUGUAUAUUAUUGGAAAUCGGGUGAAUCUGCUUCUUACAUUGAUGUUGGAGGGAAGGCCAAGUCAGUUGAUCACAAGUUUGACCAAAAGUUUGAUGUUGAAAUUGAUCAAGCUUCUUUGAUGGUGACAAAAUUUAAGGAGCUGGUUGAAGGUUUUGAAAAGAAUGUAGAUCUGAAGUUCGUUGAUGGGCAGACAAGCGUCUAUUUGGAUAGCUUCAGUUCUGAUUUUCUGUAUGCUAAGAUUCAUGUCUCCUUCGUGAUGGGUUGUGAGAAUAAAGCCUUUUGCAAUAUCAGUUCGAUUGUUCGUAUGGAGAUCUUAAAGGCUACAAGGGGUUCCAUUUUGCAGUGAGGAUUUGUAGGCCUGUAUAGAUUAGCUCAAGACACUCUAAUUGAACAUGUGGUAUAUACAUAUUGUCAGGGAGACGGUGAUAGAACAGUUUACUAAUUAGAGCCCUGUUUGUUAUUCGGGUAGAUCAUAAAUGUUUGGUAGACAUAAUUGUAUAUCCUUAAAAAAGUUUUAAGUACUAUCAAGAGUUAUUACAUGAA